AUAUAGCGUAAAACCAACGCUUUCCUCUCUAUUUCAAAGCCCCCCCUCCUUGUCUUCUUCCCUGCGAACCACCCUUUUUUAAGUUUCUGCCCCUGAAAGUUGCGAAGGGCGGCACGGAAAAUGUCUGCGACAGGCGGUGGGGGAGCAGGUGGCGGAGGACAGGAGGAGGAUAAGAAGCCUGCCGAUCAGUCUGCCCACAUUAACCUCAAAGUCAAGGGCCAGGAUGGUAACGAAGUGUUUUUUAGGAUUAAGAGAAGCACUCAGCUGAGGAAACUGAUGACUGCCUAUUGCGAUAGGCAGUCGGUGGAUUUGAGCUCAAUUGCCUUCUUGUUUGAUGGGCGGAGGCUUCGGGGAGAGCAGACUCCCGACGAGCUCGAGAUGGAGGAUGGAGAUGAAAUUGAUGCAAUGCUGCACCAGACCGGAGGCGGCAUGGAAGUCCAUGGCUGCUAAUUGGACAACAUUUGAAUACACAUGAAAAAAGCUGGGGAGGGCAGACUUGGAGCAAACUAUAGUACAUAAUAUAUUUUGGUACGUCUAUGGAAUGUUCACUGUAAAUGGCGGUCUAGGGCAACUUUUGCACCAAUGGUUUUGUUGAUUAGCUAGCUAUGCUAGUAGUAAAUUGCUGUAUGCAUGGAUAUUUAAUGGUAUGUCAAUUGUGUUUCAAAAUACUACAUGAACAAGUAUAUUGCUAUAAUGCUUCAAAAUCCUUUUGGAUUUGUGCGCA